AUGUCCAAUUUAAUUACGGAACAAAUAUGUCAAAAUGAUAUACCAGAUUUUUUUAAUAAUGUUAAUUUUGCUGGUCCAUUAUUCGAUCAAUCUGUUUAUACAAUAACAACAUCAAAUUUUUCUGUCUUAUCACCAAUUGGUACAAAUGUAUUUACAUUUAAUGUUCAACCACAAACAAAUUAUACACGACCAAGUUUUAUUUCAACAUCAGUUACUGGACGUGCACUUAAUAUAACACCAGGAAUUAUAACAGUUACAUCAAAUGAUCCAAGUUUUAUUGUUACUAGUUUAUCAAAUGGUUCUUAUGCCCUUGUUACUAAUACAUUUCCAUUAAAUUACUUUUCACCUUAUAAUCGUUAUUUAUUUAAUCUUAUUGCCACACAAACAUAUCCAAAUCGACCAUUAGUAAGUUCAACAGCAAUUGUUCAAAUAAAUUUAGAAAAUUAUAAUGUUCAUGCACCUAUAUUUAUACCAUCAAAUCAAAUAUUUUCUAUAAGUGAAACAGCUAUUAUUGGUACACGUUUUGGUACUGUUUAUGCAAGUGAUGCUGAUAAUGAUGGAAUUAUUUAUUCAAUAAGUAGUAGUCAAUUUUCAAUUGAUUCAUUAACUGGUGUUUUACAAUUACAACAAACAUUUCAAUCAUCACCAGCAUCACAAUAUUUUGUUAGUGUAACAGCAAGUGAUGAUGGUACAUCAUGUUUACCAGCACGUUCACCAUGUCCAAGAUUUUCAACAACAACAAUAAUAACAAUUAAUGUUACAGCUGUUAAUAAACGAUCACCACAAUUUUUAAAUCAAAUAUGUGGUUCAACUAUUUCAUUUUAUGAAAGUAAUAUAAUUGGUGCUAAUAUAACAACAUUAACGGUAUUUGAUGAUGAUCGAGGUGAAAAUGGACAAAUAUCAAUAUCAUUUCCAUCGGAACAAUCAAGAACAACAGUGAGUGGUUUAAGAAAUACAGCUUAUUCACAAUUUUAUAUGCAACAAUUAACACAAACGAGUACAACUCGAACAGCUGUAUUACGAACAAAUACAUCAUUUGAUUAUGAUGCACCAGGUAAUAGAAAUAGAUCAUUUAGUAUAAUGAAAAUGUCGAAAGACAAAAUAUCAAUUUUCUUUUUUUUUUUUUUUUACAAUUUGAAUAGUGAAGUUGUUCAAUAGACACACUAUAAAAGUUAUGAUGUUUAAAUGUCGACGCUAUCAACCAUGAAUAGGUCACUAACUGUAUACUUGUCUCGCGUCAUUCAUGCGAUCAUAUAUUAACUUUGUUGUGAUAUACAUCCACUCUAAUAGAUUAUUUGCGAGUACAGAAUAUUCUAAUGAUCAUUUGAUAGAAUUUUGAUUGAAGUUGACUUUUUUGUACAGAAGUGAAAGUAAUAUUACUUUUAGAUAAAAGAUAUCAAACUAACGAAAUUGUUCUCGAAUAAGAGCUCUUAUUUCAAGAUAGCUGAUUGAUAAAGUGUUCUUGUUCUUCAAUGAAUUUUAACGAUUGAAUUAUAAAUUUAACAAGAAAAUAAAUCAAAAAGAUUUCUAAGUCAUAUAUAUAUUUCAUGAUUCGAAGAAUAGAACCUGUCGGAUUUUGAAGUUUUUCAAUCGAAAUUCGGUCGAUCAGAUCCGCACACCUAAGUCCUAAUUUCAAAUCAAAUUUUUCAAUCUGAUGAAGGAAGUCCACUAAGUAAUUUUUUUCAAAUUGAGACUAUAUGCAUCAUGUAGACCUUAAUAAGGGCU